AUGGCACGAGGAAGCAGCCAGCGAAAGAAGCAGUCCGCAACGGACAAGGAGAAGUCGAAGAAGCCGCUCAAUGGGCAGCCCAAGAGCAUGGUGAUUCGCAUCGGCGCCCAAGAGGUGGGAAGCAGCGUCAGCCAGCUGGUGCAGGAUGUGCGCCAUGUCAUGGAGCCAGACACUGCGGUGCGACUGAAGGAGCGCAGAGCGAACAAACUCAAAGACUACACCACCAUGGCCGGCCCCCUCGGCGUCUCCCACCUCCUCCUCUUCUCGCGCUCGGAAUCAGGAAACACAAACCUCCGCCUUGCUCGUACACCGCGUGGCCCCACGCUGCACUUCCGCGUCCAAAACUACUCGCUCUGCAAGGACAUCAUGAAGUCGUUGCGGCACCCACGCGCCGGCGCAAACGACUUCCAAGUCGCACCGCUGCUCGUCAUGAACAACUUUAUGACAAGCGAUACCGCGCGCGAAGAACUGGGCGACAAAGCGCCGCCAAAACACCUGGAGAAGCUGGUCACGGACAUGUUCCAGGGCUUGUUUCCCCCAAUCCAACCACAUACCACCCCGCUCCACACCAUAAAGCGAGUGCUCCUUCUGAACCGCGAGCCGCCGUCGGAAGAAAACGGUUCAUGCACAAUCAGCCUGCGACACUACGCCAUCACCACCAAAAUCACCGGCGUCCCGAAAGCCCUCAGACGGUUAUAUGCAGCAGAGAAGUUGAUCGGUAGCAAGGAGAAGAAGAAGAGUGCGCUGCCGAAUCUAGGCAAGCUGCAGGACGUGGCCGAUUACAUGCUCGACCCCUCGGCUGCGGGCUACACAUCCGCCUCAGACACUGAAGCAGACACAGACGCUGAAGUCGAAGUUACAGCCCCCGUCCGGCAAAAGGUGCUUUCGCGACGCGAAAAGGAGAGACUCAAGAGUGGCGAUGAUCCUGCGACAGCAAACAUGCGCGCCCGCGGCUCGAAACCUCGCGUCGAGAAGCGCGCGGUAAAGCUCGUAGAGCUAGGGCCGAGAAUGAAAUUGAGGCUUACCAAGGUCGAGGAGGAUGUCUGCGGCGGGAAGAUCAUGUGGCAUGAAUUCAUCACCAAGAGCAAGGCGGAGGUACAGGAGAUGGAGAAGAAGUGGGCGCAAAGGAAUAAGGAGAAGGAAGAGAGGAGACGGAUACAGCGCGAGAACGUCGAGAAGAAGCGCAAGGAGAAGGCUGAUAAGGGCGAGGUGGAAGGAGAGGAAGAGGGAGAGGGCGAAGAUGAGGAGAUGGAGGACUUUGACGAUUAUGAUAUGGAUGAUGAUGUCUGGCAUGAUGAGGCUGAUGCCGGCGAGGGCGGAGAUGAAGAGAUGGAGGACGACGAGUGA